GCGAAAGUGACGAGGACAUAAGGUCCUGUUAGUCCAGAGGGGUCCGGAAGCGCAGGUCAGCGGAGGACGUCUCGAUUGGAACAGUGCUACACUACAGCCGCAGACUGCAAGUGUAUCCGAGAGACUUUACUGUGCUCAAGUACAGGAGGGAGCCAGCGUAGUUUAUGGAGCCGUCUGAAAACUAAAACAAAGGGUUCUCUCUCCGGUCCCGACGUUCUGUUAUCAGACAGUGUGCUAUCCGACUAUGAUGGAAGAAGAGAAGACCCCGGAGGUCAGUGCAGCUGUGGAGGAACCUGAACCCAUGGAGCAGCAGAGUGUGAUGUCACGGCUGGGCAGCCUGCCAUUGGUCAGCUCGGCCUGCGGCAUGGUGUCCAGCGCCUACACCACCACCAAGGAGGGCGUGCCGCUGCUGAAGGGGGUGAUGGAGGUGGCCGAGAGCGGGGUUCAGAUGCUGGGCUCCGUGGCAUCCUCCGGGUCCAAACCGCUGCUGGACAGACUGGAGCCACAGAUUGCUGUGGUGAACGAGUAUGCCAUGAUGGGAUUGGACAAGGCAGAACAGAGUAUUCCGAUCCUCCAUCAGCCUGCUGACAAGGUGAUGUCGGACACGGUGGGUAAGGUGUACCAGUCGGUUUCCGGGGCUAAGGAGGCGGUUACCGGGGUGAUGAUGGGUGCCGUGGAGAUGACCCGGUCCGCGGUGAGCGGGGGCCUGAGCACCGUUAUGGGGUCCCGCGUGGGACAGAUGGUCAGCAGCGGGAUGGGCCUUGCCCUGACCCACUCUGAAGACUGGGUGGACCAGAACCUUCCGCUGUCCGAGAGGGAACUGGCCGCUCUGGCUGAGCCUGCCCCAGAUGCGGAGGCCGUGGUCCAGGCGGCAGGCGGCUCUAGCCCCAGCAGUUACUUCGUGCGCCUGGGAAAGCUGUCCUCCAAGGUGCAGGAGCGCGCCCUGGAGCAGUCCCUGGCCAAAGCCCGACGGGCCCGGGACGUCUCCCACGCGGCCGUGGCCCAGAUCGGGAGCACCCUGGACCUGCUGGAGGGCGCGCGCUCCACCCUGGCCACGGCCAACGCUCAGCUGGGGGGGGCACCGGAGCAGCUGAUGCAGCGCUGGGCGGAGUGGCAGCAGGCCCUGCCGAAAGAGAAGGAGGGACAGGCGGAGGAGAAGGACGAGAAGAGUGAGGGCGACCAGGGCGAGCAGCUGGAGUGGCGAGCUCUCUCCAUGGUGCGGGGUCUCAGUGGGCAGGUGCAGUCCGCAUGCUCCGGGGUGGUGUCGAGCGCUCAGGGGCUCCCUGGAACCGUGCAGGAGCAGCUGGCCAACGCCCGUCAAGUGGCCAGGGAACUGCACUCGUCCCUGGGCAGCACCAGCACCCUGUCCCCCCACAUCCUGGAGCAGACUCGACUCCACCUGGCACAGGUUCAACGCUCUCUGGAUGGCGUGACAGAAUACCUUCUCAACAACACCCCCCUCAACUGGCUGGUGGGACCGUUUGCCCCUCAAAUCACAGAGAGUGGGGAGGGAGAACCUGGAGAGAAGGACACCCCAAAACAGGGCCAAUGAGCUGUACAGGGGGGAGGAGAUGUGUAUCUGAUAACUGAACAUCCUGUUCUUUUUCAACAAGAAAAGAGCGUGUCACAGCUUCAGUAGUGCUUUUAAUAAAUACAAAUAAAUAUUGCUAUUGUUUACGAUAUAGAGUCUGUUGCCUGACACCGGUACAGUAUAUGUAAAGAGUGCCAUUCGUGAAAUUGUAAAUUAUUUUCAUUGGAAAAAAAGGAAUUGAUUUGAGCAGAGUUCAUACACUCACAGACCUUACAGCGGAGACUGUUAGGUUUGUUUAUUGCCAUUUGCACACUGUGCCUUAAAAAUGAGUAAAUCAAUACUUUUCUUAAUAAUACUGGCUGUUGACAAGUCUGCGUGCAAUAUGUACCUAUCCUUUAAACUUCAACAGAUGGUGUUUACUGUAUGCGUGUGUGUGUGUUAUCCCUGAUUUGAUGUAAUGUCCCACUGCUAUUAAUAUAUAAAAUGCAUGUGGUUUCCCUUAUUCGAUGUGCUUACCUGUAAUUAAGAAAAGACCCUCAUUAAAAAAAUGUCAAAGCCC